UGUUUUGGAACACCAAUAUGGCUGCCAUGACGUCAUGUGAAAACUCUCUCUUUUACUGCGUGGCUCGCUAAAAAUUGAAGCUGUUUUUUUGUCCUGCCCAAAUGUCACCUGAUUUAUUGCCGAUUUUUCUCAAGGCGAGUGACAACUGAACGUGUAAAACUCUUAUUUAUCUUAAAAUGUUGACGACAUGUAUUAAAACGGACGUGCUAACGACUAAGCAACGAUUUCGAAAUGAUUCAUUUUCCUUUUGACGUACGUAAGUGUUUCAGUGAGCCGCUCUGCCUGAGUCCAGAAGCUUUCCCGAACCUGUCAGACACACAGUAGAGAAAUAAUAAAUAUCUCGCUAGCUUCUUCUCCUCCGUCCGCACUACAAGUGGCAGAUCCUUGUUUUUGCCUGUAUCGAAGGGGGGGAAAGCUAGUCUUUAACCCCUUACGGUGCAAAUGAAACCUCGAACUCGGUUAGCAAGCUUAAGGGGUAGUAUGUCACGGUACUAUCCGUGCGGAACAUUUUUCGGUGAUAAGAUAAUAAAGCUCACUGUGUACUCCGCUGUUUCGUACCUGCUCUUAGAACAAAGCCCCCCAAGAAUGAGAAAUAAUGAGUUUUAGAUUUCAAUUAAGAUCGCCAACUUGUGGCGAGAUUAUCACUUUGCACUUUGCCCUAGAAAACCAGCGUCCAUGGCCUUAUGAAACUUUAACCACUACCGCCUAGGAAUAACAUCUCAAUAACAUUUUAAUGACCUUAGGCUGAUCAUUUGAAAUUGCUGUUUUGUUCUGGUAACAAGCAUUUGAGGAUAGCCUUCCCGGUUGUAGCUUUUGCCAUCUUAGGAGGUGCUUAAAAGAUGAUGUUUAUCGCGAGUUUCUUGGUUUUCAUAAUGGCUCAUCGACAUUCGGUGUGCGACGAGCUCUAUCCAAUAUCGGUGGUCAUCGACAUUGCCCAGAAAGAGCCUGCAUGGUCCACAGAUGACUACAUUGAACCUUUACAGCAGAAAGCAAAUGAUGCCGCUAUUCCAGCUUUAAAUUUGCCUCUGAGUGACGCCGCAAAUCAACAAGACCUUGCCUGGAUGAAAACUGACAUUGUGGACAAAUACAAAUUUGUGAAAGAUCCCACGAGAGACAUAUGGACCAAGCAACCCGAUUUCAAAGGACUUCUCGGAACCCCUACGUUCGUCGCUGCUGCAGAUCGAGUAAAGAAGUUCUUUGUCCGCAACAACGAUUGGGACACCACAAAAAAUAAUCGUGAAUUCCGCACAGCGCAGAGCUGUCUCAACCUUCUCUACAUCACAGCUGCAAGAUACCUGUUCGUGACACACAUUCUUUACGUACAAAGCGGUAACAAGUUACAACCUUGUGUAAGUACGGCUGACAAAAAAAUAACGAUCCCUGAUUCUGGCGUGUGCUAUCCUGCACCUUAUGGGAGCGCCACUUGUACCUCCGACUACGACGUGGGGCUGGUUGGAAAAGAUGCUGGCGUUCUUACCGAAAAGUUCAACGCGUAUUUUCAAGGUGCUCAGGGAUUUGGCAAACCGUCAGAGCUCGUGUUUGACACCAAUGUCUACGCUUUCACCCUUGAAUACGCCAUGCCAUUUUUGUUUGUCAAGCUUCCGGGUACCUUUGCUGCUGGUGUAGAGAAAAACGAGCAGACGAUAAAUUUCAAAAUGCAAGAAUUGGCCAGUGCGUACUACAAAGUUUUCAAGUACAACGAAAUUUUCUUUCACGCGCUGGUAAAAGUAGCUGAGACAGCAAUGACAGCUGCCAAAUCCAAGACCCAGCUAGACGUUUGGCUGAAAACCUUCAAAGCAAUGGAUGCCAAAGUACCAAUGAGACCUGAAGGCGCAUUGAGUUCUCCCAAAGCGUUCAGAACAGCCCAUAAUAAUGAAUAUCAGAAACUCGUAAAAGCGAUGUCAGUUGCCGGAUAUGAUCCAAAACUUCUGGGUGAUCUCGCAAAGGCCCUGAUCUAUGCAGCAGAGGCCUACCAUACCCGAGGCGCCAUACGUCACGUAGUGGGAGUCACACAGAUGAAGAUUGUGAGCUUGAAGACAGCACUAACAACUAGCGACCUGUGGGUGUCCAUGAUUGAAAACUGGGGAGAGGCAAACAAAGAGUACAACCACUGCGGGGGAAUCCCUCUGGAGGAAUGCUUCCUUAAGAUGACCAAGUACAUGUGGAGGAUGUUUAACGCGAUGAGAUUGAUCCGGGAACGCCUUCCUCCUAAUGUUAGACCUGGAUUGGUGCACUUUGGCGAAAAAUUCCGCGACCCUGAAUUCGCCAUGAAAAUGUGGCUCGAUUACAAAAAGCAAGGAAAGACGGCGAUUCCCACACACAAGUCAAACGUGGAGCAGUUUUUGCAGCAAUUCGGGUGCAACGCCGCAGUUUUGGGGGAGCCAUUCUCCCCGACUUGUAUAUCGAAAAUGAAUGAUAAAGUCAACGCAUACAACAAGAAGCUGGCCGGCCUGGUGACCGAUGAACCAGUUAAGCCACCCUGGCGCCCAUGAGAACUUUAAUUUGUUACUGUAGCAUGCUGCUAGAAACUGCCGUGAGAAACCUUAGACAUUUACUUAAUCCUCACAUCAUAGUUAUGAACAAUAUAUGAAAUAUAAUCCUCACAUCACACUAUAUAUCAAAACUAAGGUUGUAACAUUAUUAUUCCGCAAAUUAUUCUAAAUCAUAAUACAUUCGAACCUCUCAGUUAUGGACAUCAGCAUAAUACGAAAAACGCAACAGUCAUCGCCGCCAUCUUGAAUUACCGUUCUCAAAAGAAUUCUUGUUAGCCUUAUUUUUCCUAUCAUCCAACAUAGCCACCAAGUUCAUUGUCACUUGGAUCUCUCGGAAAUGGUUGCAAACCACCUAAAUUUAAUACGGACAGUUCACAUAGUGUCAGAGAAAACUAAAUUCAUUUAUCUUUACAUCUAUGAUACCGACUCCUCCCUAAAACGGAGACUCAGCACUUCUUCGGGAACUUCUCCAUUGGAGUCGACAUACAUUGUAGAGGUUCGAGUGUACUAAAAAAAGAAAGGGCAAUCAAGGUAGCCCCGUAUUGUUCAUGAACGGUGCCUUUGUCAGUAGGAUUGCAGCGAUAACAAAAUAAAUACAUUGAAAACUCA